AUGGACAAUGACUAUGAACCUCAUACAUAUGAUAAUACAGCUUUAGUUGAAGAUGACGAGACCUUAAACACUAAGAUGUUCACAGACAUUGGCGACUUCAACAUUCAGUCUGUUAACAGAUACUACAGACUGGCUGCAGUUUGUCUGGGGCUGCUGUGUGUUCUCCUGCUGGCUGCUGUCAUAAGAUUAGUGUUCAUAGACAGCAGUUACAAACUAAAACAGACCACCUACAAUAGACUGACCAUAUAGAGAGACAGGUUACCAACCACUCACAAUAGUCUGACCAUAGAGAGAGACAGGUUACAAACCGCUCAAAAUAAACUGACCAUAGAGAGAGACAGGUUGCAAACCAGUUACAAUAAUAUGACCAUAGAGAGAGACAGGUUACAAAUCAGUUACAAUAAACUGACCAUAGAGAGAGACAGGUUACAAACCAGUCACAAUAAACUGACCAUAGAGAGAGACAGGUUACAAACCAAUAACAAUAAACUGACCAUAGAGAGAGACCAGUUACAGACCAGUUACAAUAAUAUGACUGAUCAGAGAGACCAGCUGCAGGUCUCUUAUCACUCUCUAACUAAAGAGAGAGACCAGUUACAGAAGGAAAGAGAUGAACUCUUGUCAAAACCUUGUAAACUGGGUGAGUAGACUGAACAAUGGAGCUGCUUCAACUGCAGUCUCUACUACAUCUCCACUGAGAAGAAGUCAUGGAGUAAGAGCAGACAGGACUGUAGAGAGAGAGGAGCAGACCUGUUGAUCAUAAACAGCAGAGAGGAACAGGAGUUUGCCUUUGGCCUGAGAAGUAGGGACAAUUCUUGGAUUGGUCUGACUGAUGAUGUUGCAGAGGGGGUGUGGAAAUGGGUGGACGGCACAGCACUGACCACUGGAUACUGGCGUAGGGGUCAGCCUGAUAGCCGAAAAGGAGAUCAGGACUGUGUUGCUAUUGACCAUAAAUCUGAUCCUUUGGAGAGCUGGAGAGCUCACAGAUGCCAGUGGAAGGCCUACUGGAUCUUUGAGAGUGACGAUGAUUAUGACGACUGGAAUGUGAAUAAGGAAACCCCUCCUACUCUAACAGCAGAAAGGUCCAACAGAAACCGAGACCUUCAGAACUCAGGAGAUAACACCUCUGGGAACAGAUACUACAGAGCAGCAUCAGUGUGUCUGGGGCUGCUUUGUUUUCUCCUCCUGGUUGGUGUCAUAGUGAUGUAUGCUGACAGAAAUAAGUUUCUAACCAGUUACAAUGUCGUGAAAAAUCAGAUGCACAACUUAAAAACGAAUUACAGCAACCUCACUAAAGAUAGAGAUCAGUUACAGAAGGAAAGAGAUGAACUCUUGUCAAAUUCUUGUAGACUGGGUUGGGAAUGUCUGAAGCAGUGGAGGUGCUUCGACUGCAGUCUCUACUACAUCUCCACUGAGAAGAAGACAUGGAGCAAGAGCAGACAGGACUGUAGAGAGAGAGGAGCAGACCUGUUGAUCAUAAACAGCAGAGAGGAAGAGGAGUUUGCCUUCGGCCUGAGAAGUAGGGACAUUUCUUGGAUUGGUCUGACUGAUGAUGUCACAGAGGGGGUGUGGAAAUGGGUGGACGGCACAGCACUGACCACUGGGUACUGGCUUAGGGGUCAGCCUGACAGUCAAACAGGAGAUCAGGACUGUGUUGCCAUUGACCACAAAUCUGAUCCUUUAGAGAGCUGGAGAGACCAUGGAUGCACUGUUAACUACCACUGGAUCUGUGAGAAGUCACUGAAGUCACUGAAGUCAUAA